AUGGUUGUCGGAGGUGGGGCCCCUUCAAGACUGGUCAUAGCUAUUUGUAACCCAUAUCGCUGUAUUCCUACAAUAGCCACCACCCUUCGUAAUCUCGGCGCACUUUACCGUCGUUCUGGCAAGUUUGAAGCCGCGGAGGUAAUCGAAGAAUGCGCCGGUCGUCCCAGUAAAUCGUCAGAGGGCGCUAAGGGCAAGUCUGCAUUCCCAGCCACCAAGAAGUGA